UUUAAGUGCAGGGACCCAGCACAUGGAAGGUAGAGGGCAGAAGUGCGUGUUUCCUCUCCUCCCCUUUACCUCCGUUCAUCUUCUCUUUCCGAUGACAGGCUGAACACAGUGGAAACAGCAGGAUGAGUGUGUACCUGUGUGUUUAUGCCGUACUCCAUCAGAGAGCCUCAUUCAACAUGCUAUAACAUCAGGCAAACUAGCUCUACAAGAGAGAAAGACACAGAAAGAGAGUUUGCAGAAUAAAAUGACCACCAGGCGGUGAGAAAUGAGUGUGUGUUGACUUUCUUCAUGAGGGCUGAGAGAUGACCAUGAACGGCCGCUGGUCCUUCAACACCCUGGCCGUCAUCUUUAUCCUGCUGUCCACUGCAGCUCUCUCUGCGCACUUCAGGGUGUGUGAGCCUUACUCCGACCACAAGGGGCGCUAUCACUUUGGUUUCCACUGCCCUCGACUCUCAGACAACAAGACCUACAUAUUCUGCUGUCACCAUAACAACACGGCCUUCAAGUACUGCUGCAACGAAACUGAAUUUCAGAGUGUGAUGCAGCUCAACAUCACCACCAACUCAGACGGCUUUGCCCACAAUAACUACACUGCUCUCAUCGGAGUGUGGAUUUACGGCUUUUUCGUCAUGGUCCUCCUGGCUUUGGACUUCCUGUACUAUUCGGCUAUGAACUACGAGUUGUGCCGGGUCUACCUGGAGAAAUGGGGGCUUGGAGGUCGGUGGCUCAAAAAGGCCAGGAUUCAAUGGCACAGCGCGGCUCAGGAGGGCGAACACAACAUGGGAUCAGGCCUGAGUCAGCAACAUGCGCAGCACAGUUUGAGAGGAGAAGCACAGAGCCCUACGCUCUUGACCUUCCAGACCUCAACAGCCUGAUAUCCAAUCAAGGAUUUACUUAGUAUGACAAAGGAGGAACUGCCAGGAAAUGGAGAUUUAAAUUCAGAGACUCUUUUCCUGGUCACAUCUACAUUAAGGACAUGGACUGUGCUGGCUACCUCCUGCAGCUCUGCUGGAUGACAUUUUCUCCACAUGAGACUGACAGCUGCAAAUGAGUUUCUCUGCCCAAUAAGAGGAGGCUUGUUCAGCUGGAUCUACUUUUGGACAGCUGUUGAAGGACUUUAAUGAGACUGUUGUCUUGGAUGCCUAAUACCUUGCCUUGUCAUUUCAGAAGUUAGGACUUAGACACAGGGAAUAGGACUUUGAGGAAAAGACAGAGAAGAGGUCGUUGUGUCCAUAAAUCUUUACAGUAUACAGUUCUGUGAAAAUUUUUUUGCCCCCUUCCAGUUUUUUUUUUUUUUUGCAUAUGUCACACUUGAAUGAUUCAGAUCAUCAAACUAAUUUAAAUAUUACACAACUUGAGUAAAUACAAAAUGCAGUUUUGAAAUAAUUAUUUAAUUAAGUCUGCACUCAUCUGUUCUUGAAUUCCUUUCGAUCGCUGCCUGAUGUGUUGUUAUUUAAGCAUGCUUCAAUUUGUCAGGUUCUGCUUAAGUGAUUUCUUGAUUAAGCAGGUUUGUCAGUAAUCAGGUCUGGGUGCUAAUGAAAUUUUACUUUUUAAAAUAAUGUGAUUAAAUGACAGUUCUUUCAUGAUUUAAAAAGGGGGCAAUUAAUUUUUCACGUAGUGCCAGGUAGGUUUAGACAGCUUUUUUCCCUUAAUAAAUGAAAUUAACAUUUAAAAACUG